AGGUUAGUGGUACCAGUAGAAGGUAUCGAAAAUGGCCGCUAGAAUAUCUGUAUUCUAGGAUCACCUUGGUGUUAUAACGAUGUUAUUUGCCCCGCCAGGCGAGGAUUAAUAUGUCACUCAUGCAUUCAUUAGUAGUAAUUAAAACGAGAAGACCAGAUGCUUGCACAAGUAGCGAUUUUGUCUGUACAAAAGCAAGUAACAUGCUUGGUUACUCGUAAGCUGGCACGAGGUAUAUAUUAAACAAAACACCCGUGUUAUAACGACUGUCGUUUUCCGGCGACACGAGGAUAAAGGAAGUUACAUUCAUUCAUUUAUUCAAAUAUAGCUUUAUACUAAAAAUAGAGUGUAUAACGCUUAACUGCAGUACAGCUAAUACACUGGAGACUGUACUACAAGUACGACAGUCAGACGUAAGGUAGUUAAGACUAUAAGUCGAUAAUAGCCUACAGCACAGGAAUCAAGCGUAUAGAAACCAUACACCAUGCUGUUUACACGUUUAGUUAUGCAAACAAGUCUGCAGUGAUCAAACACGAUAUACAGACCUGUCAAACACACGCAACCAUAGUGACGGUUUAUCGCGGUUAGAGCAGGGGGCAGAAAAAAGACAGUCGUUUUAACAGGGGUAUUAUGUUUCAUACACCUCGUGCUAGUUUUGGGGGUACAGUAAAGUUUCUGGCUAGCACCAAUCUCAACAGCAGCUAAUAGUCGCAGAGCCGCUACGCGGUUCGCUCCAUUCUCGCCUUACAUAUUUCGCACUCCAGCUAAACAGCAAUAAUGACUACAGAAGAACAGUAACCAUUUCAUAACGCUAGGUCUACAACUCUUAUUAGACAAACGACAAUAAGCUACAGAAAACAGUAAAAACAGCCCAGCAUUAAUGAGCUUAUCUGCCUACAAUUUUUCACCAGGUGAUAUAGUCCAUAUACGUUUAAUAGACAAGCUUAAUGCAUUAAGUAAAAGUUAACCGCUACACAAGAGGUGGUAUUCUCGUCUCGGACUUAAGUUGGUCGUUUUUUUCUAGACGGCCGACUAAGUUUCUGUGCUUCACAGAAGUUAAGGUGGCUGUACACAGUAUCCGGCGUGUGAAUUCGCAUGUCCAAUUCCGCAUGCGGCAGCGAAAUCUGGACAAAACAGACAAAACGGACGAAUUCCGGAUACUGCGUGUACAGCCACCUUUAGCCGGUCAAAAUCUACCGACUAAACUUUUGCAACUAAAAACCAAAAUCGAAUAAAUCGGCGACUAGUUAGACGAGAACGACCCCCCCCCAAAAAACGUCGUAUCGAACCAGGCUUAGGCUUAAAAUAGAUUUCUGUAUAGUUACAUAGAAAUAACAUAAAGAUGGACGACGAGCAAAGAUCAAGCACAUGUGGAACUUAUUACAAACUCGCAAUUUCUCUACUCUGUCUUACAGCAGUUAUUGGCGUGUCCCCUCUUUAUGAAAACGUGUUUCUGACGUAUGUGCCUGGAUAUCAUUGCUUGCAAAAUACCGACGAAAACGCCACAGAUACAAGUCUGGAUUUAGAUGCUAUUGAACCAAUUCCGAGACAGUGUUAUUUGCACAACGACUCGAGUUACAAUUCAAGUGAUUUAGAAGACAAUAACGCCACUCGUUGUGAAAGCUGGCGUUUUUUGAAACCCAGUGCUGUAGAAUCCAUUAGCACAGAAUUUUCGUUGGUUUGUGGAGAUGCAUGGCUAUCACCUAUGCUGAUUUCAAUUCAAAUGUUUGGGUUUAUGGUUGGCUCCAUUGCCGGUGGGACAUUGUCUGAUCGAUUCGGAAGACGACCAGUCUAUCUGUCCGCCAUAUUCCUCGAAGCAAGCAGCCUUCUUGCGAUGUCCUUAUCCCCAAUACUUGCUACAAUGUAUGUGUUCAUGUUUCUCACGGGCGCUGGUAUGAUUGUACGAGGAAUGACAGGAAUAGUAAUAGUUAACGAAAUCGUACCUAACUCCUAUCGUAGAGCUGUUGGAAUAUUAGCAAUUGUUAGCGAGUCACUGUCAGGAACUCUGGUUGCACCAAUGGCUAUGCUGCUACCUAAUUGGAGAUGGAUGAUAAUGUCGACUGGUGUUUCUUUGUUCGUUGUUUCUGUUCCCGUUUUCAUUUUCAUAUACGAAACGCUGAAGUGGCUUCACCAAACCGGCAACCACGGUGAAGUAGAAAAAGUACAAGCCAAAAUUAGAAGAAUAAACGGAGAGAAACUUUGUGAGGAAAAUCAUCAAGACAGCCUCGAAGAAAGAAACCAGUUGACCACAGAAGACACAGAUAAAAAACGGAAGUCUUACAAUUAUCUUGAUUUAUUUAAAGUUGGUUUUAUUCGACGACGAACCUUCAUUCUCAGUUACGCUUGGUUCUCUGUCGACAUGGCGUUUUACGGCCUAACAUUCAACACAAACAAUCUUGGAAACAAUCGGUACAUGAAUAGUUUCUUAACGGCGGCUGUUGAAUUCCCAUCCCAUAUAUUUGUUACAUAGCAAUUAAGAAGUUUGGGUGCAAACGUUGUUUCAUAUUCUUCGCAACUUUAACAGUUAUGUGCAUGGGAGCAGUACCACUAAUGCAGCAAGUACACGUAUUAGCAAGUGUGGCUUGUGCAAUGCUGGGCAAAUUACUCGCGACAGUUUGUUACACUGUGUUGUUUAUAUUCACUGGCGAUUUAUUUCCUACAAUGAUG